GGAGUGAGGGGCACCAGUAGAGCUGGGUGGGGAGGGGACCCUCCUAGGGCAGAGGUCCUUCCAUAGCGCCCGCUGUUUCUAGGUGCAGCGAGCCCAGUCCAGUUGCAAUGGGGAAGCCACUCCCAGUUUUCCAAGCAGCCCGCCCCGAGGGCUGCACAGGCUACGGUGACUUGGCCACCGCACCUCUUUGAACUGCUUCACCCAGCCACAGGUCGAAAAAUUGAGGCGAGGGAAGGAGGGAGAGGAGGAGAGGGAGGAAGAUCUUGCCCCCACCGGUGGAAUAAGGGGGUGAAGGUUUAUUGGGGUGCCCCCUAGGACCCCUCAUAUAUCCCACCCAAUUGGGGGACGCCCCCCCCGCAGCCCAUCCAGCCUCUCCCAUGGGGGCGGCCAGCUGCGAAGACGAGGAUCUGGAAUUCAAGCUGAUAUUUGGAGAAGAGGAGAAGGACCCUCCGGGAAUGGGGGUGUCGCUGGAAGACCUCGACGCUGAAGACCUCCCUCCGUGUUGCAUCCUGGCCCUGGAUGACCCACCAGCCUAUGCCUCCCCCCUAGGCAUCCCCUGCCCACCCCGCCUGGGCGGGGGCCCCCGGGCUGGCAUGCACUCCCCCCCACCCCGCCCAGCACGGGAUGACACCUUCGAGAGCCAGCCGGCGCGGUGGGUGCGCCUGGGGGCCGAUGCCCGCGUCCUGGAGUGCCCCAGCAUCCAGAUCACCACCAUCUCGCCUGGCGCCGACUGGGAUUGCUCCCCACGUGACUACCUGCCCCUGGAAGCCUACGGAGGCUACCGGGAGGCCCCUCCGGCCUCUGGCUUCUUCACCCCCAGCCCCGCCAGCAGUGGCAGUGCCUCCCCCUGGAGCUUCUUCUCGGACGAUGACGGGGCGGGCGGUGACGAUGUGGAGCGGGAGCUGAACGAAGCUGCCGCCCGCUUCGCCCUCAGUUCCCCCUGCGGCUCGCCCAAGCCCUGGGCCGGGCUGGAGGAGCCCUGGGGGCUGUACCCUGCUGGGCGGGGGGCCGAGGACGGCUGGGUGGCCCUGGCACCCCGUCCGGCCUCACCCUGCGGCAAGCGGCGCUACUCCAGCUCGGAGACCCACUCCUCGGCCUCGCCCUGCCUCUCCCGCCGCGGCAGCCUGGGCGAGGAGGGGGGCGGGGAGGGGGCGGAGGGGGUGGGCGGGGAGGGGCCGCCCUAUGAGGCUGCUGGGCAGCGGCCCCCAGCUGAGAGCAUCCCGCAGAAGGCCCGCAAGACCUCCACCGAGCAGACAGUGGCGCUGACGCGGAAGGAGGAGGGGUGCUGCAAUGGUGACGAUGGGGGGUUUGGGGCGGCCCGCAAGGACGGGAUGGACUAUCUGGCUGUGCCCUCCCCGCUGGGCUGGUCCAAGGCCAGGAUCGGUGGCCACAGCCCCAUCUUCAGGUCGUCCGCUCUGCCUCCCUUAGACUGGCCCUUGCCCAGCCAGUAUGAACAAUACGAGCUGAAGAUCGAAGUCCAGCCCCGGACCCACCACCGGGCCCAUUACGAGACCGAGGGCAGCCGGGGGGCCGUGAAGGCCACCCCAGGGGGUCACCCCGUGGUGAAGCUCCUAGGUUACGAUGAGAAGCCUCUGACCCUGCAGAUGUUCAUCGGCACGGCUGACGAGCGCAACCUGCGGCCUCAUGCCUUCUACCAGGUGCACCGCAUCACCGGCAAGAUGGUGGCCACUGCCAGCUACGAGACCAUCAUUAGCAGCACCAAGGUGCUGGAGAUGUCCCUGCUGCCCGAGAACAACAUGGCGGCCAACAUUGACUGUGCGGGGAUCCUGAAGCUACGGAACUCGGACAUCGAGCUGCGGAAGGGCGAGACCGACAUCGGGCGCAAGAACACCCGGGUCCGGCUGGUGUUCAGGGUCCACGUUCCCCAGGGCAAUGGGAAAGUCGUCUCCAUCCAAGCCGCCUCCGUGCCCAUCGAGUGCUCCCAGCGCUCGGCACAGGAGCUCCCCCAGGUGGAGAGGUGCAGCCUCAGCGCAGGGUCGGGGCGCGGGGGCGAGGAGAUGGUGCUGUCGGGCGCCAACUUCCUGCCUGACUCCAAGGUUGUCUUCAUUGAGAGGGGUCCCGAUGGGAAGCUCCAAUGGGAGGAGGAGGCCUGUAUCAACCGGCUCAAGAGCAAUGAGACCACGCUGACCCUCACAGUCCCAGAAUACAGCAACCCGCAGGUGGCCCGGCCUGUCCAGGUCUAUUUCUACGUCUCCAAUGGGCGGCGGAAACGGAGCCCAACGCAGGCCUUUAAAUACCUGCCCGUGAUCUUCAAGGAGGAGCCACCCUCCUCCUCCCCACUCCGUGGCUUCCCCCCCGGCCCCUCCUCCCCAGUGCCCCCUUGUGGUCCCCCUUACCCCCCCGAGGGCCCCGGGGACAUGGACAUUUCCCCCAGUCGCCCCCACUUCCCCUGCUACCCUGAUGACUCCCCCUACAGGGCUGGCUACUCCCCCUCCCCCACGGCCUUCGGGAGCCCCUCCCCAUACCCUGAUGGGCCUCCACUGCUCCCUUUGACACCCCCUUAUCACCGCUGCCUGGCCACCGAGCCCCCCCGCCGCUACCCCCACACGGAGCAGUACGGCGGGGCUGGGCUGACAGUGCCCCCCAACUUCCAUCCGCUGGGCUACCAGUCCCCCCACUUCCAGGCCCCUGCCCAGCUCACCCCACCACCACUGUCGGACGGAGCCGGGCCCCACAACUGGGGGGAUCCGGAGUCGGGGGAGACUGAGGAGGUGGAGAAACCCAGAGGCAGCGGAUACCGGGUGGCUUUCCGUGACAGCCUGCCUGUCCAGGGGAUCACGCUGGAGGAAGUAACCGAGAUCAUCGGCCGGGACUUGAGUGACUUCCCGGAGCCGCUCUGUGAAGGCAGGGGGAGCUGAGACCCUGGCUGCUCCCGGGUCCUUCCUGGCCUACCCAAGCUCUGUCCAUCUCAUUUCUGUUCAUCCGUCUGUCCAAGCUCUCAGUCUGUCGAUCACAGCUCCAUCUGUCCGUCCGUCCGUACUAGCUCUCUGUCCGUCUGUCCGUCCAAGCUCUCUGUCCAUCAACCACACCUCCAGUCAUCCAUCUGUCCAAACUCUCUGUCCAUCGACCACACCUCCAUCCAUUCAUCUGUCCAAGCUCUCUGUCCAUCGACCACAGCUCCAUCUGUCCCUCCGUCCUAGCUCUCUGUCUGUCCAAGUUCUCUGUCCAUCUGUCUGUCCAAACUCUCUGUCCAUCGACCACAGCUCCAUCCAUUCAUCUGUCCAAGCUCUCUGUCCAUCGACCACAGCUCCAUCUGUCCCUCCGUCCUAGCUCUCUGUCUGUCCAAGUUCUCUGUCCAUCUGUCUGUCCAAGCUCUCUGUCCCUCGAUCACACCUCCAGUCAUCCAUCCAUCCUAGUUCUCCAUCCAUCUGUCCAUCUCUCUCUUUCUUUCUACAUCAGGGAAGGAUGACUCUGAAGUCCCCAUCCCCCCCCUUGUCUCCUCCCCCAAGCGCCCCUACCAUCACAGCAUAUGCCAGCUGCGGGGUGAGGGGAGGCCCCAAGACUAUAUCACCCCCGUUCUCCACCUCCCCCCUGGAGCCAUUUUCCUAUGGGGCAAAAAUAACCAGCCAGGGGGAGGGGGAUAUUUCUAUCCCCUCUGCGUGAGCCCACCCCCCCAUCAACUCAGCAAUGGGGGAGGGGUGCAGAUGUGGCUAACGGUGGGGAAGAGGAGGAGUUCGAGCCAUCAGAUUUUGCAGGGUAUAGGAAACAUCUCCCCCCCAGGGGUAAAAUAAUUCUCCGCUAGAGUGGGGGAGGAGGUGCCUUCCCUAGAUCUCCCCCCCACGCCAUAGGGACAAGAAGGAGUUAAUGACUACAAUGGUAUUGCUGUGGGGCCCGGCCAGAGGGGUAGCCCUGAUUAUAUCCACUUUUAUAUUGUUUAUUUUUCCCUGACUUCUCCUUUUCUUUGAAUCCUGGUUUGUUUUGUAAUGAAAUGAUUUUAAAAAACAGCUAAAUACAA